CGCGUCUGUUUGAUUUUCAGGAUGUGAGGUCGGCCUCAUCACCUAGUUCUUUUCAUAGCGAUGAGGCGCUGACAACACAGGUGGUCCGUCGCGUGAUGAACGAUGCUGGUUCGACUUCAGAGUAAACUCUUCUGGAAGGUGGCCACGGUGUGUGUGCUGCUGUACACCAUCCUGCACGUGCUCGUUAUGAAACCUGUGUGUAUGAUGGGUGUGGUUCCCCUCUCUCACUACUCUGAGUAUGAAGGCGUGGCCGACGAGCCACACAACCUCACCAUAGUUACCGCCUAUUUCAACCUCGGCCGAUUCAGGAAAGGCAGCGAAGGAAAUUCCUUUGGCCCGGAUAUGUACAAGACAUGGGGAUCUGUCUAUCGGUACAUGCACAACCCGGUUAUCUUUUACACCGACAGCGACGAUUUUGCCUCAGUGUUCACAGCAAUGCGAUUCGCCUUCCCAAACCUGACCCGGGUGAUAAAAAUAGAUCGAAAUGACCUCUGGGCGUUCCAGUGGGUGGAGAGAAUACGGGAGAUUUAUUCCGAUCCAAAUUACCCAAAGUUCCACCCCAACACCGUCGUCCCGGAAUAUACUUGCUCACAACAUGCGAAAUACGCAUGCGUCGAGGACGCCAUUUUGAAGAAACACGUCCGCACCAAAUACGUCAUGUGGCUGGACUUCGGCUACUUCCGGUUAAUUACGGAACGGAAACGUCACUUCCGGAUGACGCUCCCGCCACAUUUUGACGACCGGAAGAUCGCGAUCAACCAGUUAAACUACAAGACACUGACCGAAUCGCCGCACGACAUCUUCUGGAACAACGACCUGUGGGUGGGCGGGGGGCUGGUGCUAGGAGAGCAGUCUCUGUUCGUGCGGUUCAUACGGAAUUACCGCGCAGCGGUACAGCGCUACCUGGACAUGUCGCUGAGCUCAACGGACCAACAAGUUCUGUUCGCCAUGUUCACGUUGAGGGAGAGGAACAUUCUGAAUCCAGUCGACCUGCAGACGUACGUCUGGGACGUGUUCGGCAGCUGCUGGUACUACCUCGGAUAUCAGUGCUACAAGGAACUGAAAUCAGAAACGGUUUAAGAAGAUAUUCCGAAAUCAGAGUUGUCGAGGUGACAAUGGUGGUUAUGAUGAUGAUAAAUAACAACGGUGAUAACAUGAUGUGAGGCGAAGUUGGAAAUCAGGUUAUUGGGAUGACGAGGAUGAUGGUGGUAACAAGAUAAUAUAUGUUCUGUUUUUUUGCUGGUAUUACUUAGAUCAUCAGUGCGACAAGGAAACGAAAACACAGUUUGAGACGAUAUUCCAAAUGAGGUCAUUGGGAUGACGAUAGCGAUGAUGUUAACAACAGCAGUGAUAUUACGACGUCUUCUACAUCUGCUAGUAUUAACUAAGUGCCAUAAGAAACAGUUUACUGGGAUGAUGAUGAUGAUGAUGAUGAUGAUGAUAAUACGGUUAUCUGAUAUGUUCCGUUUUUGCUGAUAUUUCAUAGGACAUCUAUGCGACAAGAAAAUACGAAAUCAAUUUAUUGAGAUGAUGACUAUAGUGAUAGUGAUAGUGAUGAUGGUGGGUGAUGAUGGUCAUGGUCAUUAUAACGGAGGCGAUGAUAUAAUGUGUUCCGCUUUUACUAGCAUUACUCAAGCUACCGUGUUCAAGCAGCUUUACUGUACUGUACACCAAUAUGACAAGAACGCGAAACUGCAGUUUAAAACACUAUUAGAAGUCAGGUUAGUGUUCAGAGUGACGAUCAUACUGACGGUAACCAUUAUGUGUUCGCCAGUUGCUGGGAUGUUAGUGCUACAAGGAAAUGAAAACACAGUUCAGGCGUCAUUAGAAAUGAAGAUAUUGUUAUGAUGACGAUGAUGCUAAUGAUGAUGCUAUUGAUAAUGAUGAUGAUCCUCUUGAUGAUACGAUGCUGAUGAUGCUAUUGAUGAUGAUAAUAUUGAUGAUAAUGAUAAUGCUA